AAAGAGAGAUUAAAGUAGACCUAACUGACUGUUCACUUUCUGAGUUAGAGGCCCAAGUUGAAUUAGCAGGGACUGUUAUAAAAGCUUUAGGUUUCAGGCUCACAGUCGUCUGAGUGAGAAGAGAAGGCGCCAAUGGAUCUGGCUGUGGUCCUCGUGCUCUGCCUCUCCUGCCUGCUUCUCCUCUCACUCUGGAAACAGAGCUCUGGGAAAGGGAAGCUCCCGCCGGGCCCCACUCCUCUCCCGAUUCUUGGAAAUAUCCUACAGCUAGAUAUUAAGAACAUUGGCAAAUCCUUAAGCAAUCUCUCAAACACCUAUGGCCCUGUGUUCACAGUGUAUUUUGGCUUGAGGCCCGCUGUUGUGUUGCAUGGAUAUGAAGCAGUGAAAGAAGCCUUAAUUGAUCAGGGAGAGGAGUUUUCUGGAAGAGGCAAUCCCCCAAUGUCUCAAAGAGUUAAUAAAGGAUAUGGAAUCAUUUUCAGCAACGGGAAGAGAUGGAAGGAGACCCGGCGCUUCUGCCUCAUGACCCUGCGGAAUUUCGGGAUGGGGAAAAGGAGCAUCGAGGACCGCGUUCAAGAGGAAGCGCGCUGCCUGGUGGAGGAGUUGAGAAAAACCAACGGGUCACCCUGUGAUCCCACUUUCCUGCUGGGCUGUGCUCCCUGCAAUGUGAUCUGCUCCAUUAUUUUCCAAAAUCGGUUUGAUUAUACAGAUCAGAAUUUUCGUAACUUGCUAGAGAAAUUUAAUGAAAAUCUCCGGAUUGUGAGCUCCCCGUGGAUACAGAUCUGCAACAGUUUCCCUAUUCUCAUCGACUAUUUCCCAGGGAGUCAUAACAAAGUAUUUAAAAAUUUUGCUUAUGUGAGAAGCUAUGUUUUGGAGAAAGUAAAAGAACAUCAAGCAACUCUGGACAUUAACAAUCCUCGGGACUUCAUUGAUUGUUUCCUGAUCAAAAUGGAACAGGUAAAAUGUUGAUGACAGAUUGGUUAUCU